UAAUUCAAAUCUGACAGGAUUAUCAUUUUGGAUUAACUGCAUAAUGCAUGACACACAUCAUUGCUUAUACUGUAAAACUAUAAAACAUGAAAUCGAAAGGAUUUGAACACCAAGAAAUGAAAAACAGUAUUUGGAAGUGAAAGUAAAAUUCAAAGUAAAAGUGAAGUAAAAUUGCGUUCUGGAUGCGAGUCAAUAGCACAAAAUUGUCAAAAAUGCCUUUUUUAAAUUUAAAUUUCAUAUGACAUGAAUAAAUCAAAUUCAUCCCCAAAUAGACAAUCUGACUGGUUGACAAACAAGACAUGUUGUGCAAUUUAUUUAGAUAAAAUUAGCAACAAAAAAACCAACAACCCAAAAAGAAAUAAUAAACAGAAAUGCCCAGGGACCCUGGAGGGUUAAAGAAAACCUCCCGUAGAGCUCCCCCUCGUCUGAUGACGUUAGCCUCAUUCCCACAAUGCCUAGUAACACGCAGGCGCAGUGUGGCAGCUAUAAAGCUGCUAUCUGAUGCGCAGAGAUGGCGGGCGCCUCCGACCCCCUGGAAGAUAUGCUCUUUUCAGAGGUGGAUGAGAAGGCUGUGAGCGACCUGGUGGGCUCGUUGGAGUCUCAGCUGGCUGGGCAGAGCAACUCAGCGGGGAAAGCAGAGGAAAACGGAGGCGCUGGCUCCGUGGCCCCUGCUAACCAUCACUUAGGAAAAACGCUCCCAGCUCCAGUGAGUACCACAACACUGGAACAACAACAACAACCUGGACGGCGGAAUAAGCCCGAGAUGCGCCAGGAGGUGAACUCUAAGGACGCCAGCCCGGAUAAAGCUGUCACCUCUCCGUCGCUGAGCUGCUCCGCUUCUUUCGGCGAGCCUGCCGCCACUCCGGCUGCCCGUGUGAGCGCCACCAGCAGCGGCGUUCAAUCACAUGGAGCAUCCAUCACACCGCUGACUGCGUCUGGCGCGUCAACUUUGGCAUCCCCGCAGGACAGCAUCAGCAGCACCGCAGCCGGUCGGAGCGCGAAGGUUAGUAGCCCGGGCGCAGGUGAGGCGCCGGCGGAGGCCAGCGCGCCGAGGAAGCGCGUCGCGACGCCGAGAAGGAGCCCCUCGGCGCGGAUAAAGAGUUUGAACGGCGCAGCGGUGACGACGCGGCGGAGCAGCAUCACGGCGGCGACCGACGGAACCGUCAGCCCGGCGGACCCCGGCGCAACUCCGCCAAACUCCACGCGACCGGCCGCCGCCUCCUCCUCCAUCAACACCUCCACGUUCACCCUGUCCAACGCGAACCUCCCCGUGGGCCGGUCGGCUAUUGCUCUGGACCGGGGGACUCCCACCAUCGCCUUGCGCAGACUCCCGAGUCACAUCGUGGCCAGCAUAGCCCAGAACGGCAACGGCACCAGCGUCUCGGCGCUGGUCCAGCAGGGCGCACGGAUAGAGCCGCCCACCCCCUCGCCUCCCGCGGGAGAUCUCGCCAAAGCGGCCACGGACGCAGGAGCUUCCAAAACGGACGGCUGUCAGUCCAGCAUAGUAGCGCAAAGCCAGGUUGGUGGUGUGAGCGCAGUGACAAUUAACGCCGUCUCACCGCCUGCGCCCUGCGUCGCCACACCAGCGACGACCGCAGCUGCUCCCACCACCACCACCUCCUCCACCACCACCACCACCACCGUGACCCAGCCUCUGAGCUCUGCGCCAACAGCUGUGUGUGCCACGGCCAUGGCGACCGCGGCUGUCUGCGGAGCAGUUCAGACCACGUCUGUGACCGCCACCAUGAGCACGGUCAGGCCGACGGCCCCCUCUCCAACACCCACCGUGGCCCCCGCUGCGCAGCCUCAACCCCGUCCAGGGCUCGCGGCGCCUCAGAGGAUUGUAGCCCCCCAGCUGAUUGUCAGACCGUCCCAACAGCAGACCACCAUUCAGCUGCCCCCUGGCUUUACCAUCCCACCGGGAAUGGUGCUGGUACGAACUGAAUUGGGCCAGUUGGUGAUGGUUCCUCAGCAGGCUUUGGCUCAAGCUCAGGCUCAGGCUCAGGCCCAGAACAACAGCUCCCCGAGACCUGCUGCCCCAACCACGGGGACGUCCUUCAGAGUCACAGCUCCACAGCAGUCUCCUGCAACCUCUCAGACCGCAAGGCCGUGUCCUUUGACCCCGGCCAAGAUGGCACCGUCUCCCUCUCCCACACCUCCCAGCCCUGCCCUCCAGACCUCUUCCUCUUCUUCUUCCUCCUCCUCCUCCUCUUGUCCUGCACUCCGCCCUAAGGGCCCCGUGGCGCCGACCGUGGCAGUGACAGCUCCGCAGCAGACCCCCGUGGUCAUGACCCCCCAGGCCCCGGCCCAGUCUACCUCCCAGCCAGCGCCACCUACGCAGACAGGCAUCGCAGCGGCCCCCGGAGCGCCGGUCGUGUCCCAGGAAAUGCAAGAAAAUGUGAAGAAGUGUAAAAAUUUCCUGGCCACACUUAUCAAGCUGGCGUCCCACAACUCUCCCUCUCCUGAGACUUCCAAGAACGUCAAGGCUCUGGUUCAGGAUCUGCUGGAUGCCAAGAUUGAACCGGAGGAGUUCACCAGCAGGCUGCAGACCGAGCUCAAGUCGUCUCCGCAGCCUUACCUGGUGCCUUUCCUCAAGAAGAGUCUCCCGGCCCUGAGGCUGUCGUUGCUCAACAGUCAGCAGUCUCUGACCCAGCCCCUGCAGCAGGGAGUCAAACCAGCAGCCGGCGGCACCCCUCCCGCCAUGGUAGCUGGGCCAGCUGUCCGCAUACGGCACCCCAACAGCGUCAGCACCACCGCAGGUGCCAGCGCGCUGCCCGCCGGGACCCUCGGACAUGCAGCUGCCAUGGGCGUCAAGACAGGAGGGACUGUCAGUGGCCAGGUCCGGAUGCCCAUGGUGAUCACGCAGUCCAUCAGGCCGCAAGGAACGAUGGGAAAGGGAGCCGUCAUACAAGCAGGCAAAAGUCCCAUGGGCCCGCCCGUUCAGAUCUCCGGGAAUCAGAAAAACAAGCUCAACGACCCUGGAGGAGGCUCUUUCAGAGAUGAUGAUGACAUCAACGAUGUGGCCUCCAUGGCCGGGGUGAAUCUGAACGAGGAGAGCGCCAGAAUACUUGCAACCAAUUCUGAACUGGUGGGAACGCAGAUCCGGUCGUGUAAAGACGAGGCCUUUCUCCAUCCGGGGCUGCUACACCGACGGAUCCUGGAAACCGCUAAAAAGUUUGGAGUGACGGAGGUUCCCAUGGAAGCCGUGACAUUCAUCUCACACGCCACACAGUCACGACUCCGAACUUUGGUAGAAAAGGUUUCUAUCAUCGCACAGCAUCGACUCGACUCAUGUAAGGACGAGGAGUGCUACGAGCAGUCUGCAGACGUUCGCUCGCAGCUCCGCUUCUUCGAGCAACUGGAGAGGAUGGAGAAGCAGAGGAAGGACGAGCAGGAGAGAGAGAUCCUUCUGAAAGCUGCUAAAAGUCGCUCCAGGCAAGAGGACCCAGAGCAAGCGCGACUGAAACAGAAAGCUAAGGAGAUGCAACAGCAAGAGCUGGCCCAGAUGAGACAACGAGAUGCUAAUCUGACAGCACUAGCUGCUAUUGGGCCUCGAAAAAAACGCAAACUGGACUCACCGGGGGCGACACCAUCAGGGACUGAGGUUUCCGGCAGCGUGGCAGGCUCCCCAGCAUGCUCAGCUGCGCCGUCCACCUCGUCUCGCCAGUACACUCGGCAGCGCAUCACCCGCGUCAACCUCAGGGACUUAAUAUUCUACAUGGAGCAAGAGAGAGAGACGGCCCACUCCCUCCUCCUUUACCGUGCACUGCUCAAGUAGCCUCUGCUCUGCUCAGCAUCCACCUCAACCUCCACCUCCUCCUCCUCCUCCCCAGCCACGUGCCUUCAGAUCAGGUCUAAUGUUUCAGCUCUAUGUCUCUAUAUGUACUGUAGUGAUGUUGGACGUAGCUUUUUAUUACCCAGAGGAUUAGAGAGAAAAAAAAGCUAAAUGUUGUUCCUUGUGCUCUCCGUUUAGCUUCACAGUGUGUAGUUAGGUCCUUCAAUUUAAAGGCCAUGUCAUGUACUUUGUGUUGGAUUUGUUAGAGGAAGGUGUAUCAAAAAAAAAGGUCCCAAACCUGUUCCAUCUGUCCUGGGUGGCUUUUUUAUUAGUUCACAGCAGUAUCAGAAGCUUCAGAAAACCACAUAUGAGUUGGAAUUACAUUGGCUCAGAAGGUCACGUUCACACCUCAAUGCAGACUCCAGUAUUUUACGCAAGCUAUUUGUUGAACGCAGUUCAAUGAAUGUAGUCUAACUGAGCUCAAAAGCCGAGACUUUCUGGACUUUUACGCCAGACAACAGAUAUCAAAUGCAGAUGCAUCCGUUUGAACAGUUAGUUUAUUUCUGUACCUCAAUUAAAAGAGUGAGAUUCACAUUAUGAGAUAGACUCAGUGCACACAUAUCGAUAUGUAUGGAGCAAUGGUUUUUUUUGUAAAUGCGACAAUUUCAUGAUCAUGACUUACAGCAAAUCAAGACAAAAAACAGUUUUUCAGUUUUUCAGAUAGUAAUCUGAAUAAUGAAACCAGGCUGAAUAAUGACCGAAUAAUGACCAAGCUGAAAGGCUUGGAUACAACAAUCUGUAAAAAUGACUUUUUGUGGCUUAUCCUCCUUACGAAGGAGAGUCAAUCAUUUUCUGCCGCAUAAUUGUCAACUCAGCCAUUCUACCCAUGAUUGUGUAAGUUAUGGCAAAACGUUAGAAUUCUUUAUUAAGAAUCGUUAUUUUGUUUAGGCCUAUUUAAUAUUUUAUUUAGAUUUAAAAAAAAAUAAAAUUUGGUUUUUCAUUAGCUGUAAGACAUAAUCAUAAAAAUCUACAAUGUGUGCAUAAUGAAUCCGUAAAAUAUAUCAGCUGAACUGAACUAAUGAAAUAAAUGAGCUUUUCGUAGCUAUCACGAUGCACCUGUAACAUCAUUCUGUUACAUCUUCUUGCUGUAUGUGUAAAUAGUUCUUUUUGAAUUAUUUUACAGCAUGUAUAUUUUUUAUCCCAAGUAAGCUUUGUUAAGAAAAGGACGUGAUUCCUGUGUGAAUAUUAUAAAAGCUGAUGUUUUGUAAAAUGGCGUGCUUUCAGAGAGUCAGAUUUAAAGGCCAAUUAUUCUGUAGAGUAUUUGUCACACGGCAAACCCCCGUUUUUCUCAAUAUUCCUGCAGUUACCCGCAAAAUACACCAGAUACCGUCUGCUCUUUGAGCAACCUUGUUGAAUGAGUCAGCAUUUUUUUCUUUUUAUAUAUUGUGAAGUAAACAGAGGGCAAACAGGCAUUCCUUUAUUGUUUGCGGCCAACUUCCUGACUGUACGUCACUGAUGUUCAUAAAACACAUUUAAGCUGGUCUGCCCCUCCACAGAAGCUUUCGUAAGGACUGAAUGUUAAACUUAGGCCAAUCAUUAUGCUGCGAAGCACUUCUGUUGUCUGUAUUUUUCACCCAAACAGCUGUAAAGUGGAACAAAAAUGGUAGGAAGCAGUUUUAUGAUUCCAGACUGAUUCUGUUUUAUUUUUAACUCAUUGGACUGAACUUUGUGACUGAAAAAAUGUUUUACAUAUCAUUUUAAAUUACUGCCUUUUUUAUUUUAAAUUCUUUAACAAUCGUUUUUGUAUUAUGUAAUAUUGUCCAGUAUGUUUUAUUUUUUUUUGGUAAAUCUAUAUUUAACUAGAUUUCUUGGUCUCUAUGCAGCUUUUCUUGCCAGAUUAAAAUAAUUUAGCUAUUGGGGGGCGGGGAGGGGGGGGGGCAUUUGUUGUGGAUCACAAAUUUAAGCAGCACUUUUUCAAAUUUAUUUUACCCGACAAAGUUGUCACUGUAUUAUAGCAAAUAGUAAGCACUAUUGCCAGGUUCUGUCAAUUUUCAUUAUAAAUGUGAUGUUGUCUUUUUGUUGUUUUUUUUGGAGGGUUGGCUUUUAUGCUCAACACAUACAUUUUAAGUCCAAAAUAUUUUAGAAACAAGCACAACACUACCAAUUUGUAGGUGGUUCAGUUAAAUUUUUAUUCAAUGAUUUCUAUCUUUUCUGGUGGCUUCACAGGAGGACAUUUCUACUACUACUACUACUACUACUAUUACUACUACUACUACUACUACAGCUUUUUAGCCAAAAUGAGAAGACAAUAACUCUAAUGUAAAACAGCUGUCGGAAAUUGCAUUACAUUGCAAGGAUGAUUUGUAAAUAUUGUUUACAAAACUGUGUGUUUAUUAGAACCACGUUAUUUUUGGUAAACUCUUGUACAUAUCUGGAAAAUUUCCUGUUUGUGUGAGAAAAACAAAACUUUCGUAUUCGUACUUAUUUUGUAAAGGAAUAAAUAAGCUGUUUACUAAACUGG